CAAUUUUUAAAGACUCAUUUGAGUCACUUUGUGAAAGAGGGGGUAUCGACGAAGGCGGAUCUCCCACCAAGGACCAAACUCCCUUCCAAAGUCCUCGUAUCUUUUUUAAUUUUUCGUUUUGUUCAAAACAAAUUCAAAUAUGCGGAAAAAAUCCAAAGCAGAGAUGUUUGAUAUUUGACAUUCAGGGAACUGAUUCAUGUUCUCCAUUUUCAGCGAUCAAUCGGAGCAAUAAACUCGCACUCACAGAAAUUAUUCGUAAUUUCUUCUAAUAAAAUAAAUUAGUAUAGCAGAAAAAGGAGUUUCUGAUUCUGGCAUGUCCAGCGUAAUGGGUUCGCUCAGAGGAUCAACUUCUGCUGCUGCUGCUGCUCCUCCUCCCUCCGCUCAGCGUGGUGACGUUGCGAUCUCAGAACUCCAGGGGAGGCGGCAUCAACAGGAAGUAGAAAAUCUGACACUCAGAACACAACCCUUGAAAACUUUGAAGUUCUUCAUUUUGGCUAGUUUUCAGUAUGUUAAGCAGUUAAUAUUAUAUUUGCUUGCAAAAGGUGGAUGGAUAAUGCUUUUGAGCACAGUAGCAGCAGCUAGUGCAAUUCUUGUUGUUGCCAUUGAUGGCCCUCAUGAGAAGCAUGUUGAGGAGCUUUCAAGAUAUAUCCAGUUUGGACUAUGGUGGAUUGCUCUUGGGGUUGCAUCUUCGAUUGGGCUUGGAUCUGGUUUGCAUACUUUUGUCCUUUAUCUGGGUCCCCACAUCGCAUUUUUCACUAUAAAAGCAAUGCAGUGUGGCCGUGUGGAUUUAAAAAGUGCUCCAUAUGAUACAACUCAGUUGAGAAGAGGUCCUUCAUGGCUUGAUAAAGACUGCUCUGAAUUUGGGCCCCCAUUAUUCCCAUCAUUACAUGGUUUGCGCGUUCCAAUUAGCAGCAUAUUGCCACAGGUUCAGAUUGAGGCCGUUUUAUGGGGUCUCGGUACUGCUAUUGGAGAGCUUCCUCCAUACUUUAUCUCAAGAGCAGGUGGCAAAUUGGAGGCUAUGGAAGAAUUGGAUGCCUCCUCAACUGAAGGCAAAGGAGUCAUUGCUACUCGACUAAAUCAAAUCAAACGCUGGCUGUUAUCACACGCGCAGCACUUGAACUUCUUUACAAUUUUAGUUCUCGCUUCGGUGCCAAAUCCUCUAUUUGACCUUGCUGGCAUCAUGUGUGGACAAUUUGGGAUUCCUUUUUGGAAAUUUUUUCUAGCCACAUUGAUUGGAAAGGCAAUCAUCAAAACUCACAUACAGACAGUUUUCAUCAUCUCAGUUUGCAAUAAUCAACUCCUUAACUGGAUUGAAAACGAGUUGAUAUGGAUGCUCAGCCUUAUUCCUGGUUUUGCUUCUGUCUUGCCCUCCCUUGUUGUCAAGCUCAAUGCUGUCAAAGAUAAGUAUCUGACAGCACCUCCUCCCGGGGCAUCAAAUAUCAAGGUGAAGAAGUGGGAUCUCUCAUUUGCUUCAAUCUGGAAUACUGUUGUGUGGCUCAUGCUCAUUAAUUUCGCAAUCAAAUUUGUGACGAGCACUGCCCAAGCGUAUCUCAAGGAACAGCAGGAAAAUGAGCUAAAUGCAUCGGCAACUGGGUCAUCUACAUUUGAACAUUCAAAUUGAAUCCAACUCUUUAAUUUAGGAUGAAGUGUCAGCCUUACUGCCCCCAGCAAGUAGAAUUAAUGGAAUUUUAAGCAAAGGCUCUCAUCAGUGCAGACUAAGAACUCUGCGGCGGAAGUCCCUAUGAGAAGCCUGUAUAGAACUAGGAACACAAUGGACAACAGGAAAUAAUUCAUUUUUCCGUCUAGUGCUGGGGGAAAGCAUUGUUUUGGGUAGUUCUUAGCUUACCGUUGACAACUUUGGAAAUUAGAAACUGGAAUCUUAUUAUUCUUUUGCAAUGCAAACAGAUCCUAUAAGCUCAUAAACAAGUGAGCUUUCAACA